UCAAAGUUCAGACAUUACAGUGAAAAUAGGGUCCUCGCAGACUGGCAUCCUGUGUGCUAACAGGGAAAGGUAAACAACCCGUCGGGCACUGGACACGUUGACUAGUCGUUACCGCCCCGAAAACCGACAGAGGAAACCGAACAUGUCCCACAGUUAAUCGGCGGCCGCUCUGGCUUUUUGUUGUCGGUGGAUUUACAGAAGGACGGCUAGCUGGGUGCUAACGUUAGCACGCUAGCUUGCCAGGAGCAUAGAGACUGCUACUAGCUAGCUAACGUCUCUGCAAGGGUACUCUCUGAAGAAGGGCUGCAGCUAUGUUCGUCCAGGAAGAGAAGAUAUUCGCCGGCAAGGUGUUGAAAAUACACAUCUGCACCAUGGAUGGCACGGAGUGGCUGGAAGAGGUGACGGAAGACACCACUGUUGAGAAAGUAAAGGAGAAGUGCUUGAAACAUUACGUAUAUGGAAGUGUAGAAGACCCCAAAACACUCACCCACCAUAAACUUAUACACGCUGCUACAGAGAGAGUUCUCACCGACACUAAAACAGUCGCUGAUGAAAACCUCAAAGAUAAAGACGUUUUGCUGCUUAUAAAGAAAAGACCACCACCUACCCCUCCAAAGAUGGCAGACAUUAGUACAGAAGAAAAGAAGAAACAAGAUAACAAAGCUCCAGACAAAGAUGCGAUCCUAAAAGCCACCACCAGCCUGUCCACACGCCACACUGACCGCACUGUUACCCAGCACAACAUUAGAGAUUUUCAAACAGAGCUCAGAAAAAUCCUGGUUUCUCUCAUUGAAGUUGCCCAGAAGCUUCUUGCCUUGAACCCUGAUGCUGUUGAACUCUUCAAAAAAGCCAAUGCAAUGUUGGAUGAAGAUGAAGAGGAUCGGGUGGAUGAAACGGCACUUCAGCAGCUCACUGAGAUGGGUUUCCCAGAGAGCAGGGCCAUCAAAGCUCUCAGACUGAAUCACAUGUCAGUGACCCAGGCCAUGGAGUGGCUGAUUGAACAUGUAGAUGACCCCACUGUAGACACGCCACUACCAGGCCAGGACUCUUCUGGGGCAGCAGGAGCCACAGCAGCUGCUCCGCCAGGCCCUUCUACCUCUGCCUCAGCGUCAGCCUCAGCCCCGAGUCCUAAUCUUCUCCGCAGCCUCUCCAGCCAGUCGAGCACCGAUGAAAGCAGCAGACACGAUGAGCUCACUGAGAUCUUCAAGAGGAUCCGCAGGAAACGGGAGUUCAGACCAGACUCAAGAGCUGUCAUUGCAUUGAUGGAGAUGGGCUUUGAUGAAAAGGAGGUGACUGAUGCUCUGAGAGUCAAUAAUAACCAACAGGAUGCUGCGUGUGAGUGGCUCCUGGGAGAUAGAAAGCCGUCUCCUGAAGAUCUAGACAAAGGCAUUGACACCAACAGCCCGCUGUUCCAAGCCAUUCUGGAGAAUCCAGUGGUCCAGUUGGGUCUAACCAAUCCCAAGACUCUGCUAGCUUUUGAAGACAUGCUGGAGAAUCCUCUCAACAGCGCCCAGUGGAUGAACGACCCCGAGACCGGCCCAGUCAUGCUCCAAAUAUCCAGAAUCUUCCAGACCCUCAAUCGCACAUAGAGCCUUCUGGUGACCCCUGUGUGUGACUGCGGCAGCAGUGUGUGUGUGUGUGUGUGUGUGUGUUUGCGUUUGCGUGUGUGCGUGAGAGUGGGUAUUUGUUUGUAUCUCGGUAGAGACACAAGUAUUGUUUUUGCCUUGUAAAGACAAAGCUGGAGGAGACAAAGUAGGAAAAAAGUGAUCUAUAUAUAUGUGUAUAUAUAUACACACAAACAAACUAUUUAUAACAGUACAAUAAAAACAGUUAUACAAAACAAAGUUAACAUAUGUUGUUUUUACAUUUGAAUGAGAUCAAUUUAUAAUUAUGACAGACAUGAUUUAUUUUAUAUAAUUUCUCCCAUGUACAAAUUACAUCAAUUUUAAUCAAUUUAAUGUUUACAGUUGAAAGAAAACUGUUUUAUAUGUUUUGUAAUAUUUAAAUAUCAAUCACAGUUUUGUCCCUUGUGUUGAAAUUGUUACAUGUCAUCAUUGGUGAAUGUGUGAACAAGACUUCUGUCACUGUCAUGUUAUGUUGUCCCCUCCUCCCUUAGUGUCUUGUUCUCAUCAAUAUAACUGCUUACAAUGUGGAGGCUGAUGGUCAGAGUUGAGUGUUUGCUCAGCUCGUUGGACACGUUACUUCUUGCCAUUAAUGCCUGCGAGGUCACUGUAAGUCAACCGUGUGAACCGCUGAGAACAUUUGAAUAUUUAUUUUACCUUCUUGCCUUUUUUUUAAAGGAAAGCUGUAUACUAAACUGUUUGCAUCUUAGCGAUUUUACAAGAAAAACGAUAAAUUAGGCUUGAGUGUGUAUUGUCAAUGUGCUCUUGAAUGUCAUAUUAUCAUAUUGCGUUAAUUAAGCACCUGUUGACGUCUGUGAAUAUCACUCACUGCAGCACUGAGGAGUUACAAGAAGAGUCUUUGUGUUUCGUCUCAAAGGACUGUCGUGGGAUGUUUAACAGAGCUAAGCCAAAUCAGAAGAGUGUUUGGCCUUUUAAGUCUUUAUUCUGAAUUAUGAAGAUGCAUGCUCAAUCUGGCGUUUCAAGCAUCUUUGUACACGCAACUAAUGUUGGUCUUUAAGUUUACUUUUUUCUUUUGAGAGCAAUGAUCAUGUAUGCUGUCAAACCAAACUAUCACUAUACAGCCUGCCUUGGCAGUAAAUGUAUUCAUUAAAAAAAAAUAUCCUGUAUUUCUGUGCAAUAGCAAGGACUUGUAAUGAAAUGUAUUUGAUUAGAGAUGUUUGAACUGCAAUGGAUAGUGUGGUAUUCUAUAUUAGCCUUUGCAUUUAUUUACAUGGUGUCAUUUACAUGCAAGUACUUAAAAUUUUCAGCUCUGCUAAGGCGAACUUUGCAUCUCCUAGCUGUACCGGCAGUUCAAAACAAAAUAUUGAGGAUGAUGUGUUUUGCCAAGGUUUUGGGUGUUUUUAUUCAAUAUUUAAAAUGUGGUUUUGAUGUGACUUUUCUGCUCAGGGAGGCUGAGAUUGUUUUUCUAAAAACCUGUCGUCAUGGCAAACCUCUGCUCACCCCCCUUGUAGUUUGACGUUUGAAAAAUGGCUUUAACUGAUCAGUAGAACUUUGCUUAAAUGAGGAGCACCAAAAACACAUGGUUUUGUAAAUGCAAUAUUUGAAAAUAUUUAAAUGUUUUUAGGGAGAGAUGUUUGUCUGAAUUGUGUAUAAUUACAUUAUUUAUAUCAGAGCAAAACUAAUUCUUUGUCUUUUCUUUUUUAUUUAUAACAUUUUUAGCAGACCUCAAAGCUAAUCUAUAAAUGUGAGUACGUUAAAUGAUUCAAAUGUUGUUUUUACAAACCAUUAUAAAAAUGUGCUUAUGAUCGGGUAGGCCACAGUAUGAUUUCAUGGUGUAAAACAUGUUUAAGUCUCUGGAAGCCUGUCUGCACACCGUCUGCACUGUAAAAGGAGUUGUCCCAUCACUUCCAUGUGAGCCAUUGGUUUGCAUGCAAAUAUCCUAUAAUAUCUGGAGUCAAACAUUUGGCAAUGUUUGCAGAAAAAAUGCUCAAUUCUAUCAAAAUGGUCAGUGGGAAGAGGAAAGGACUUAAUGGACUUUAUUGCUAUGGGACAGUGGAAAAAUGUUGGGGUCACAAAGCUCUAAUCACUCAGCUUUCAUGCAGCACUGUCCCAGAUCAACAACCUAUGCAAUAUACUCUCUCGGUCUGUUUGUUCAAACAGCCUGAUGGCAACUGGCAUCUAAAACACUAUUGCAUUAAAGUUACUUUUGUGGCUGUA